AGACACCACUCUCAGUUGUAAGACACUUCCUGAAUUUAGGUGCCGAUUGUCUUGAUAUGUUGAUUGUAUCCUUGGAAGGUUAGCAUGCAAUAGGCCUACAUAUAAUUUUAAGGUAUUCCAGUUAAGAAAAUAAUUUGAAGAUAGCAGUUUGACGGCUUGACACCUACCAUGGACUAUUGGAGUGCCUUGGAGGUGUAUAAGGAGAUGCUACUUCUGUACCUGGAGGAGGGCAAGCAGCUGGUCAACACUCGCUGUAAGGAGCUGGAGCCAUGGCUGAUCAUUGGAGCUACACUUAUUUCCACACUGGGGGCAGUCUGGCUCAAAGGCUUUCUCUUUCAGCAAGAAAGCCUCACAUCCCGAAUCAAGAAGCAGUGCUUUCAAAUCAUCAGAAAAAUACCAUAUGUUGGCACAUCAAUUCAGACCCAGCUUAACAAGGCCCUGGAUGACAUGUCUGUGAGCCUUUGUACCCUGAAGGAGGGCAUGAGCUACACCAAACAACUGCCCUCCAAAGGCCUGAAGCAUGAAGAGGUCCUAGACAGGAUCAAAGAGUACCAGUCACUGAAUGAGGUGGACUGGGAGAAGGGGAAGGUAUCAGGUGCAGUCUACUGGGGAGAUGAGAACCUCACCAAACUUCUAGUGAAGGUUUAUGGUGAUUUUGCAUGGAGUAACCCACUUCAUCCAGACAUCUUCCCCGGUGUCAGGAAGAUGGAAGCAGAAGUUGUGAGAAUGACAUGUUCUCUCUUCCACGGUGGGCCCAAUUCCUGCGGCACAGUGACCUCAGGAGGAACUGAGAGUAUACUGAUGGCCUGCAAGGCCUACAGAGACAUGGCAUAUGAGCGGGGUGUGAAACACCCUGAGAUCAUUGCUCCAGUGAGUGUGCAUGCAGCCUUUGACAAAGCAGCAAACUACUUCGGAAUGAAGUUGGUUCACAUACCCCUGGAUAAGAAGACGAUGAAAGUGGAUGUUAAGGCCAUGAAGAGAGCCAUCGGUAGGAACACUGCCAUGCUUGUGUGCUCGGCCCCGCAGUUCCCCCAUGGAGUCAUGGAUCCUAUUGAGGAAGUAGGAAAGCUGGCUCAGCAAUACAACCUCCCCCUGCACGUGGACGCAUGCUUAGGAGGUUUCCUCAUCGUGUUCAUGGCAAAGGCUGGCUUCAAGCUGGCUCCAUUUGACUUCAGGGUAAAGGGAGUGACCAGCAUUUCAGCAGACACACACAAGUAUGGCUAUGCCCCUAAAGGAUCCUCAGUGAUCCUCUACAGUGACAAGAAAUAUCGACACUACCAGUACUUCGUAGCCCCGGACUGGCAGGGGGGUAUUUAUGCCUCCCCAUCGGUGGCAGGGUCCCGGCCUGGUGGCAUCAUUGCUGCAUGCUGGGCCACCAUGAUGCACAUAGGAGAGAGUGGCUACGUAGAGACUACCAGGAAGAUAAUUGAGACGACACGCACUAUCAAGAUGGGAGUCAGUAAGAUAGAGGGACUGUUUGUGUUCGGCGAUCCGGAAGUAUCUGUGGUUGCGUUGGGUUCUGACGUCUUUGACAUCUUCCGUCUAUCUAACGCACUGACAUCUAAGGGUUGGAAUCUGAACACACUACAGUUCCCAUCAAGCAUCCACAUUUGUGUGACCGUACUGCACACACAGCUAGGUGUGGCUGACCAAUUCAUCAAUGACGUUGAUGAGCUGGUGGAUAUUAUAAUGAAGAACCCUAAUGAGAAGACCACUGGAAUGGGAGCUAUCUACGGCAUGGCCCAGUCCAUCCCUGACAGGUCCAUGGUGACUGAAAUUUCCAGAGGCUUCCUAGACUGCCUCUACAGCACAGAGGUGGCCAAGACUAGCCACAUGAAUGGAAAUGGAAAGGCGCACUAAACCCUGAUUAAAUCUGCUAUGGCCUGAACCCCCCAUCAACACUGGGUUAUGAGCCCCCCCUCACUUUGGUUUGCUUGCCAACGUCAUCUAACGGUUGCCUUAUACGGCCCACCUGUAACACACUUGCCCAUUUUCAAAGAAGAAGGCACAAGCCAUGUUUUAAAAAAUAGGGAAGUGAAAUUGUUGAAAUACCUUUUAAGGCACAGAGAAGGUAUGGCUUAAACCACUUAGAUGAUGUCUCUGUGAUUAUUUUUCAUGUCAUAGCAUCAUGUGUGUGUUUCUUUAACUAUACAGUACUCAACUGUUUUUAUUUACAAACUCGUACAAAACCUUUUCAUAUACCAUUAUACAAGUACAUGAAUUACUAUAUUACGUAUUACUUACUCAUAUGAAUAUCGACUGAAUGUCUAAAAUAUUGAUAAUAGGUCAUCUAUUUUCCAUUUUGAAGACCAAGAACAUUUAAGCAUGCCAAUAAAUUUACUAUAAUAUGCUUUAGAUAUCUGAACCCAUAAGGGAAACCUUUACUGCCCCAGUCUUCAAUCCAGAUGUUCAAUUACCUACAGUAUGAAGAUUGUUAAAGUAUAGUGGUUAGAAUGAUCUUACUAUAAGAUUACAGUUGAAUUUACAAUCAAAAACGAAUCAAGCUCUUGUAUUGUUCAAUAUGGAAACAUGCAAGGACCACAAUCCUUUUUUUUUAAAAGUACUUCCCCAGGUACUUAUUGAUUUAAAAACUUAACUGUAGUAAUCCUGUGGGACUAUUUGGUUUUUAUUGUAGAGUGAUAUCCCAGCAAUGGCCAUACUACAUAGUAAACUAGACAUUAUGUAUUUAGAACUCCUCUUACUUGAGGAUUCAUAAAUCUUUCCUAUGUUGGUUUACCAGUGGUUUAGGAGCAGAAAUACCGAAUGUAAUACAAAUUAUAUUCUCUGUAUAGUCGCAAUACAAAUACUGUCUACACCUUUUUUUGUUUGUACUGUAGGUUAUUCAUUAAGUUCUCUACUAAUUGUAUCUACCUCAGUUUCUGUUCAAUGCAAAUGUGUUGCUUAAUUAACAACUUAAUUUGCAUUUACAUGUAAGGCUUCUCAAUCCCAGUCUGUUUAGCAGUAUUUAACUUUUUCAACCAAAUGUUAAUGCAUGGCAAUUGUUCUGAAAUGCAAUGAUACUGGGAUGAAACGGUUUUGCAGCACUUAAUUCCCUAAUUUAACACCAAAAUAACCUUUACAGAUCUCCCAAAUGCUUUUCCAUUUGUGCUCAUAGACAAACUAAUGCUUUAAUGUUUUUGUUUUCCUUUUGUGUAGUACAUAUUUGGACAACCAUUACUUUCUGGCAUGGAAGGGAGAGCAAGAAAGGAAUUAGUCCAACAUUUAUCAUUAUACUGAAUGAUGAUAUGAUGACCUUAAUCAAAACUAUAGUUCCCAAGACUUGACUAUGUGUGUGUGACCACUGUUUUUCAAUCAUUUUAAUCUGUCAUCAACGUUCAUGCUGUGGGGAGGCACAUGCAUUAGCUGAGCUCUAAUGCAGGACAGAGUCUCUUGUAUGGUCCCUACUCUCACUGACCCAUUUGUCACUUUAAAAACAUUGAUAGAUUCCAGCUUUAAUCAGUGUGUGAUUAAAGAGCAAGGAUAAAAACCAGGUAGGGCAGGUUAAUUCCCAAGUCAUGGAGCUAAAAAUUAUAUAGCUGAUAUAGCUCAUCCAUAUUUAGGAAAAGUGUGUCUUUAGUGAGAGUUUGGUGGAGCCAUUUAUGGGGAAAUGUCCACUAACAUGUUCCAAUGACCAAGAGAGGAAUUUUAAAUACUCAAUAGCACACCUAACGCAAACAUGUUAUUAACUCGAACUGUUCUGUGUCAGCACUUGAAUUAAUUGCUGCUUACCACACCAGAAUAUAUAGAUUGUCAUGAAACAGCUGUUUGAUAUCUAUGGCACAAUGUUCACAUUCAUAAGUAGCAUUCACCUGUAUGCCUUCAGAGGCCAGAUUGAUGAGGGCUAUUGGGUAAUGUGUUUAGAUCAGCCUCAGGGAUUUGGCUUCAUAACAUCAAGCCCAGUAAGGUCCAGUGCUCUUUUUUAAAUGUAAAUGUUGUUCCUUGAAAUAUAUAAAUACAUUUUGUGGAAAAUGUAGAAAUAUAGUCGUCAUGUGGUUGAUACAAAGACAAUUGUUUAACGAAUUUGCUUCUGUGAGUUGUAUUUUUUUGGAACAAUUGUUGCUCCAUUAGUUCAGUUACAAUCAGAAAAUGCUUCCAAAUGGUGUUUCCUCUGUAAAACAAUUUAAAUGGUGUGCACACAGAUGUGGUAUUUCUGAACAGUUACAUUGUUGUAGGAAUGAAUUCACUAUGACAUAAAUGGUUUACAGCCUACAGGUUUAUGAAGUUUCUUUCAGAUGAAAAAAAUAAACAAACAACUCGUUA